AUGGAGGAACGACCCUCCUCGUAUUGCCAGCCCCGCACCCCUUUGGGUACAGGAGUCUCAUUUCCAGGGUCGGGAGUGAGCACACCUAGUACAUCCGCCGGAACGCCCAUCGGCCCAAAUUUUGGAGGCUCUUCGCUGCCUUCAGGACCGGCUCGCUCGUCGCCAACGGCCAUCUCAGGCUUUGCAUGCUCGCCUGCCGACAUGCAGCUCAUCGAUGCCAUUAUCACGCAUGCUCAUGGUGAGCUUGAGCAGCAACCGCUUCCAAAAUGCGCAUUUUGCGGCAGGCUCUCACUCACCCACAGUUUAAGCAUUGCCCAUUCAGAAGAGUCUUGCCUGGCCAAUGCCGCGUCGCUAGCCUCCAAGCGGAUGGUGCCACUGGCCGAUGAUAGCGCCUUAGAAAAGGAAAAAGUACCGGAACUGAAAUUUCCGCAAAAAAAGGGCCCAUCUGUUCGUCGCACCAGGAAGAAAUUCGCCUCUGCAGGAGCAGAGGAGGACGACGACUUUGCAAAUUCAAUGAUCUCCUCGAUCGUUGUUUCGCCAGACGGGCAUACGGGCCCUGCACCUAGAAAGAAAAGAAAGACCCCUUCAUCUAAAAAGGCGUCUUCAGGCCGAAUGCCUGACAUCAGCGAUCCUUUGACACCGAUUAUGACCCAGAUGCCGAAUAAGCCUCAUAUUCAACAGCAGCAUCAUCUUGAUUAUUCGUCGCCAUCGGAAAUUUCCCUAUGGAUUCCAAUGUUAGCCGAUGCAUCCCAUUUGGUGGCGGCCAUGCUUGAUGGAAAGGCUGCCUCCUUUUCGCUUCAGCGCCCCCGCAUGCAAAUGCUGUUGGCAGGAAACCACAUGCUGGCAGCAAAGCGAAAAAGAGCACCUAUUUUUGUGGACGCUGUUGCACAAGGCCUUGAUCACAUCAUCCGUACCUCGCUUGUGGGUAGGAGACGACUGGCCGCUGCUGCUUCGGCGGCCGCAUCGGCCUUGUCAUCUGGUAGCGCCCCUCUUUCUUUGACUUCAAAAUCUACCCCCCCAAACGCAUCGCCCCCAGAUGCAAACGCAGGCAUUUCGACGGUCAAGAAAAAGCGCAGUGGCCCCGCCACUCGUGGCGCUCGUUUGCAUCCCUCUCCUCCUGUGCUGCGCCCUACAGCUACAGCGCUCUCCAUGCCUGAGAUUUAG